AUGAGGAAAGAAGAAAGAGUUUCUUCAGAGCAAGACAAAGCCUUGGAGAUCAACUUGAUCUCUGCGCAGAAUCUCAAACCCCCAACCUCUAACUUGCGCCGCAUGCAAACCUACGCCCUCGUAUGGGUCGACCCGGCCCACAAGGUCCGAACCCGAACCGACCGUCUCGGCGCUGAAAACCCUACCUGGAACGAUAAAUUCUUCUUCAAAGUCCCACCGGACUUCCUCUCCAGCGAGACCUCCGCCGUCUCCAUUCAGAUCUUCGCCGUAGGUUGCCUCCGCGACCAUCUAAUCGGCACCGUCCGAUUCCUCACCAGCAACUUCAUUUUCUCUCAGGCGAGGACUCCUGCUUUCUCCGCCGUCCAGAUCCGCCGCCCCUCGGGAAGAUUCCACGGAGUAUUAAACAUCGGCGCUUCGGUCAUCGACGGUUCAGAAUUUCCGGCGAUGGGAGAAAGAUCGGCGAUUGGAUUCCCCGAGCAAGUGGGAGAGAGUGAACGGAGGUGGCGCCAUAGGAUUCGGUCUAGCGCCGGCGCCGGCGCCGGCGAGAAUGAUGUAUCGGUCGGUGGGGAAUCAAUGACGUCGUCGUCGUCUUCGUCUUCGACUUCGACUUCGACUUCGAAGGUGUUGGAGGAUUGGAAUGGGAUUCGGGGGGAUUUGGCGGGAAACAAAGGGUUGAAUAUGAGGAGAGCAUCGGACGGUUCAGGAUUGUUGUGUGGAUUGAUGAUGAUGCAGAGGAAGUUUUGUUCGUAUCCGUAUCCGUCUGUCUCCGAUGAUUUUGAGUGGGUUCCAGAAAAAAAAAAGUGUGAGGUAGAUAUAAAUCAAUGGUUUUGA